AUCGGAAUACAAUAUACAUUGCUUUGCAAAAUGUGGAUAAAACAUCAUUGGAUAUGCUACCUGAUUGCCGUGUUCUGCUGGCUAGAUAAGGCCACCAUUGGAGCGAUACUGGACUCGCGCUGCUAUCUGGAGGGUGGCGGCUCGGCGGAGAGUUUCCUGGCCACCGAAGAUCUGGAGGUGGGCUCCAUAAUUGGCAAACUGCGCAUCAAUGGCGAUCCAAAUGCAGAGACUGGCGACAUCACCCUGUCGCUGAGGGAGAAGACUGCGCCCGUUGAGAUUUUGGCAGGGAGCAAGGACCUGGCCUUGUCUGUGGAACUGGACAAGGAGGGUGUCAGAGGUCCCUCGUCGAUAUAUGUAAAUGUUAUAUGCAUAAGGAGGCAUUCAACGGAUCCGAGCUUCGUCAUCCCCGUCAAUGUGCGCGUGACGGACGUCAAUGAUAAUGCCCCCCAGUGGAUUGGCACCCCCUACACGCUGACCCUGUCCGAGGUGACGGUCCCAGGGACAAGGAUACUGCAGGGAGCCCGUGCCGAGGAUGCCGAUCAGCCAGGUCCCUUCUCCACCGUCGAGUAUCAGGUGCUGCCCGGACCCUAUGCGGAGCUCGUGCAGUUCCUCAAUCCCCUAGAGGGCACUCUGGUGCUGAGGAAGGCUCUGGACUACGAGCAGUUGCAGAAUUUCACGGUGAAGCUGAGGGCCCAGGAUCAGGGAACGCCGGCACGCCACUCGGACACAUUGCUGCGCGUGGUGAUCACCGAUGCGGACGAUCAGAAUCCCAAGUUCCAGCGGGAAUCCUACAGCGCAGAGCUGCCCAAUGAUGGUCGUCCCGGAGAACUGCGCAUGCGCCCCGAGCCCCUCAAGGCCGUGGAUCAGGACGAGGGCAUCUGUGCGCCCAUUCAAUACACCAUUGUCCAGUCGCAGGACGCCAAGUACUUCCGCAUCCAUCCGCACAACGGACAAAUCACCCUGCUGACGCCCAUUGGCUAUGGGGAGAUCGCUCACGGGGCCACGCUGGUUGUAAAGGCCACGCAGAUCGACAAUCCCGAUCGCUAUGCCCUGACCACAGUCCAGCUAACGCGCCCUGGCAGCCACAGCGAUCUCAGCACGCUCUCCUUUGUCCAAAAGCGCUUCGUGAUGCGCAUUCGCGAGGACACGGCUGUGGGCAAUCGUAUCCUGGCGCUGCCCACAAACAAGCCGGGAAAACACUUGAAAUACACCAUACCAGAUCCCGUCAACUCUCAGUUCUUCAGCGUGGGAUCGCUAGGGGAACUGGUGCUGGCCAAGCCGCUUGACUACGAGAAGAUGACAAAGCACGAGUUCCAGGUACUGGCCACCGAUGGGAUGACCAACAGCACAGCGGAACUGACUCUAGAGGUGAUUGAUGUCAACGACUGGGAGCCGCGAUUCCGUGAGACCCACUACGAGUUUAUGGUGCCCAAAAGCCAGUCGCUGCAGUCGCGCACGGACACCUUUGAGGGUGUACUGAUUGGCAAGGUGGAGGCAGCCGAUGGGGAUCGCAAUGACAAGCUGGAGCUAUCUCUGCGCGGCCAGCAUGCCGGGCUCUUUGAGAUCGAUGCCACUGGGAACAUCUACAUGCGGCCGGAGCAGCUGCAGAGCCUGAAUGAGUCGACGGUGCAUCUGAUAGCCAUUGCCACGGACACAGGAGUGCCGCCCAGGAGCACCUCUGUGCCAGUGAGCGUGACAAUGGAGGGACUGACGCUGGCCCAGUCCGGCUGGAACAGCAAUAUGCUGGGGAUGUUUGGCAUGAUUGUUGGCCUCUUCCUGAUGAUCAUCUUGGCCCUUACCUGCUACAUUGUGCGAUCCAAGAAGCAGGGUAAGAGCAGUGCCAGUGCCCUGGGUCUCGGCCGGAAUAGGGUCCACAGCCAGGCGCACAGCAGCGUUUCGUCCGCUAAUCUGGUGACCCACGAAAAGCUGGCAGGGAAUGGCAAUGGCGCCAGCGUGACCAGCGGCGGUGUCUCGGUGCUGCACAUGAAGCAUGGCGGGAACAUCACUAUGGCCAAUCCCAUGAACAACGGGUUGCAUCAUGUGGCCAGUGGCGCCAGCAGCAGCAUGGCUCUGGGCAGUUCCGCGGCUCUUCUGGAGCGGGAACGGGAGCGCGAGAGGGAGCGCCAGCGGGAGAGCUAUGCAGCCACAGUUCGCAUCUUCUUGCCAGGCAUCGUUUCGAGGGCCUCGGCCAAUGGCCAGCUGUACGAGGAGGACGAGAUCGAGCACGACUCUCUGCAGACGUCGACGACGACGCCGGAGAACAACAAUCGGAAAGUGCCGGCCCCAGUAGGAGCUGUGGGUGGUGCAAUGGGUGGAAAUGGUGUCACCACCAUCACCACCGCCUCGGCCAAUGCGGGCCAGUCCAAUCUGCUGUCUGCCACCGAUGCCAUGGGCUCCUCGGAGAACAAUCUGACGGUCUACUUCUAGAAGCUGGAGGGAGGAUGGAGGUGAUGAAGAUGAGGAGUUGUAAAUAUCGCUGCUAAGUCAGUUUAGGAUUAGGAUUAAGGCCCCCAGCACUGUGUAUGUACAUUGAGUAGACCAAAUAUAGCAUUGUAAACAGUCCCCUCCCCGCACACGAUUUUAGGCUAAGUCCAAGCGAUUUCCAUUGUAAAGUUUGCUUCCCAGAAGAGGUCCGAUCCCACAGAGAUCCCAGGGAAUUCCAGUUUUUCAGCUAAUCCAGAGCGUGUAAAACUUCUCGAAAUACAUGUAUGUUUAAAGUA